AUGCUGAAGGAGGCCCAGUUCUCCCUGCUGGUUAUCCUGCUGCUUGCCUGUGGCUUCCUCUACCAGCUCACCCUGAAGUCCAGCUGCCUCUUCUCCUGCCUGCAUCCCUUCAGGUCUCAGCAGGGGCCAGAAGCCCUCCUGAGCCACAGACACAGCAUUGUGUUCAUAGAGACCUCGGAGAGAAUGGAGCCGCCCCCGAUGGUCUCCUGUGCAGUGGAGUCUGCUGCCAAGACUUAUCCCGAACAGCCUGUUGCAUUCUUUAUGAAGGGUCUCAACAGUUCCUCACAACUACCCUCAAACUCCACUUACUCAGCCCUUUCCCUCCUCUCAGCAAUAGACAACGUUUUCUUUGUCCCUUUGGAUAUGAAAAUGCUGUUUGAAGACACACCAUUGUUUUCAUGGUACACUCAAAUCAACUCCAGUGUAGAGAAAAACUGGCUCCAUGUCAGCUCAGAUGCAUCCCGCCUGGCCAUCAUCUGGAAAUACGGUGGCAUCUACAUGGACACCGAUGUCAUCUCCAUCAGGCCCAUCCCCGAGGAGAACUUUUUGGCUGCACAAGCUUCUCAGUACUCUAGUAAUGGGGUGUUUGGGUUCCGCCCCCACCAUCCCUUUUUGUGGGGGUGCAUGGAAAACUUUGUUGAACACUACAAUUCAGACACUUGGGGCCACCAGGGUCCUGAUUUGAUGACAAGGAUGUUGAGGGUGUGGUGCAAACUCAGAGACUUCCAGGAGCUGAGUGACCUCAGGUGUCUGAACAUGUCCUUCCUACACCCCCAGAGAUUUUACCCCAUCUCCUAUCCAGAGUGGAGACGCUACUAUGAAGUCUGGGACAGAGACCCGAGCUUCAAUGACUCUUAUGCCCUGCAUUUAUGGAACUACAUGAACCAGGAGGGGAGGGCAGUGGUUAGAGGAAGCAACACACUGGUGGAAAAUCUCUACCGCAAGCACUGUCCCAGGACUUACAGGGACCUGAUUCAAGGACCAGAGGGGCCAGUGACUGGGGAGCUGGGUCCAGGUAACAAAUAG